CUCGCCGUGUCGACACUUCCGCUUCCGUUGCCGCGGCCGGAAGCGCUGUUCGCCGCCGCCGCCAUGGCCUCAAGGUUACUGCGGGUGAGCGCGGCUCUGCGGCUGUUGCCCGCCGCCUCCGCCCGCGCCCCGCCCGCCCGCCGCCUCGCCGUGCCCGGCGGCCUCGCCAGCGACGAGGAGCAGGCGACGGGGCUGGAGCGGAAGGUGCUGGAGGCCAUGAACAAGGGACUGGACCCCUACAGCAUCCUCCGGCCGAAGCGCUACGCGGGGACCAAGGAGGACCCCAACCUCGUCCCCUCCAUCAACAACAAGCGCAUCGUGGGCUGCGUCUGCGAAGAGGACAACAGCUGCGUAGUCUGGUUCUGGCUGCACCAGGGGGAGGCCCAGCGCUGCCCCUCCUGUGGCGCCCACUACAAGCUCAUCCCCCACGAGUUGCCCCACUGAGGGGGCGGGGGGGGCCGGGACUGCGCUGACCCCCCAGCACCCACCGGGGGUCCCGCCGACACCCCCCAGCACCCCCUGGGCCGAGCUGAGCCACCCCCCCUCGCCCCGCUGUGUGUGUCCCCUAUAAAGAGUUUGUGUGUGGA